AUCCCAGCGCUGCUGGUUCUGACUGCUCCAUCAUCGCCUCUCGCCGCCGUACUGCCGACUUCUUCUUCGCAGAGAGAGCUGACUUGAUGCGCAUAAUAAAUCAUCACUGCAAGAUUCCCUUCCAAGCCCAGUUUCAGACCUACGCGUGUUGGAUUUGAGAGCGUUAACACAGGCGAGAGUCGAGCCUCUAACUGGGGAUGUUUCAAAUGUGAUUUAGCACGGCAAACAACGUGGGUGUUGUGUGUGUGCGUGUGUGUGUGUGUGUUUUUUUUUUUUUUUUUUUGGUGGGGAGUGGAGGAGAGGGGGGAGAGCAGCGAUAUGAAACCCGUGUGUUUAUGUCUCCUGCGUUAUCCGUUAUAUUUGACUGAUCACCGGAUUUUUCACCUGUAUAUACGACCUUGCGAUUGUGAGCAACAUUUUUCCUAAAAGCGUUUCCAUGGAGGAUCAAUCUGUCGCUUUUUCCGUGAGGGCUGAAUUUGUUUUUUGCUGGUCUCAAGAUAUUUCAAGAUAAGAGGUCAAGCUCCCCUCUCGCAGAACAAGAGUGCCAUUUCGAAGCUUAUUGGAUGAAAGUCUCAUUUGCCCUUCGCUGCCAAAGAUGAUGUUGCCAUGGAAACAUAUUUUACUGUUAUCAAUCAUCAACUGUCUAGCAGAGUGUAUGGACAGUGGGUCAUACCAUGGUCCAAAAUGGAGGAUGGAGCCAGGUGACUUGUUCAUUCCUAUCGACUCCAUAGACGAAGAAGCUACUCUGACCUGUGAUGCAAAGGGAAUGCCACCUCCUCAGUACAGAUGGUCAUUGAAUGGGAGUCUCAUAAAUCUGAGCCUGGAUCGCCGGCGGCGUCUGUCUGGGGGCAACCUCAUUAUAAGCAGUCUGGACCGCUACCAGGAUGUAGGGAUGUACCAGUGCAUGGCGUUCAACACUGUAGGAGCUAUACUCAGCAGGAGAGCAAGUCUGCAGUUUGCCUACCUGGAUCAUUUCAAAGUCCACACCAGAAGCGCAGUGUCUGUCCGUGAGGGGCAAGGAGUGGUGUUGCUUUGUGGAACGCCCACUUCCUCAGGAGAUCUUACAUAUGCAUGGGUCUUCAAUGAGUACCCGUACUUUGUUCAACAAGACAAUCGGCGAUUUGUCUCCCAGCAGACAGGAAACCUUUACAUUGCCAAGGUGGAGCCCUCUGAUGUGGGUAACUACACUUGUGUCGUGAUGAACAGCAUCACAAAGGGCAAAGUUCAGAGCUCACCCACGUCUCUGAUCCUCAGGACAGAUGGAGUGAUGGGUGAAUACGAGCCGAAAAUAGAAGUUAAUUUCCCAGACAAUGUACCCGCUGCAAAAGGAUCAACAGUUACGCUGGAGUGUUUCGCCCUUGGGAACCCUGUACCUGAAAUCACCUGGAAGAGGGCUAACGGCGUUCCCUUCCCCAGCAAAGUCAAAAUGAAGUACUCAAAUGCUGUGCUGGAGAUCCCCAGCUUUCAGCAGGAUGAUACAGGAGGAUACGAGUGUGUGGCGGAGAACAAGAUGGGCAAGAACACAGCCACUGGUCGACUCGCCUUUUAUGCCAAGCCUCAGUGGAUGCAGGCCAUGAAGGACAUGGCCCAGGCCAUAGAGGAGAGACUAUACUGGGAAUGCAGAGCCAAUGGCAAGCCCAAACCCUCCUACACAUGGCUGAAGAACGGCCAACAGCUGCUCUCAGAGGACAGAAUCCAUGUGGAGGAUGGAGUACUGUCAGUGUCGGAGCUGACACUAUCUGACGCCGGCAUGUACCAGUGUGUGGCAGAGAACAAACACGGCGCAAUAUAUUUUGCUGCUGAACUACUGGUUUUAGCCUCUCCUCCAGACUUCACAGGGAACGUCCUCAGAGCUUUGCUCAAAGCCAAGGCAGGAACCACAGUGACUUUAGAGUGUAAACCCCAGGCCUAUCCCAUCGCCAGCAUUUUAUGGAAGAAAGGAAACCUGCCUAUCCACACCAAUGACAGAAUCACGCUUUCCCCAGACGGAACUUUGAGGCUUGCCAACGUGAGCAAGUCUGAUGCAGGCAGCUAUACGUGCUUUGCCAGGAAUAGAUUUGGCAUGUCAAGCACAACUGGACGGCUCCUCGUGACAGAUCCAACCAGAAUCACCCAGGGGCCAGUGGACAUGGAGAUCAUUGUUGGCGAAAGCAUCGUGUUACCCUGUCAGGUCGCCAGUGACCCCGUCCUAGACCUUUCUUUCUCCUGGGCCUUCAAUGGACAGCUCAUCGCCAAGGGAGACGGUCACUUUGAGCUAGUGGGUGGGAGAACAGCAGGAGAUCUGAUGAUCAGGAACAUUCAGCUUUACCAUGCCGGAAAAUAUAUCUGUGUGGUGGACACGGAUGUGGAGAGCCUGUCAGCCGUGGCUGUAUUGAUUGUCAAAGGCCCCCCCAGUCCUCCAGACGCUGUGACGGUGGAGGAGGUGACAGACAGUACAGCCCAGCUGGCCUGGAGUCCCGGCAGAGACAACGGCAGCCCCAUCACCAAUUACCUUAUCCAGAACAGGACUCCUUUCACUGUGGGCUGGCAGAGGGUUAACACAGUCCCUGAGAUUAUCGAUGGCAACACACUGACAGCCACUGUAGUGGAUCUCAAUGCCUGGGUAGAGUAUGAGUUUCGGGUUUUAGCCAAAAACAGUGUUGGGGUUGGAGAGCCUAGCCCUGUGUCAGUCAAGACCAGAACGGAGGACGCAGUUCCUGAUGCAGCGCCAGGUGACGUGGGUGGAGGAGGUGGAAGCAGAUCAGAACUGGUCAUCACAUGGGAGCCUGUCCCUGAAGAACUACAAAAUGGUGAGAGCUUUGGUUACAUCAUUGCUUUCCGCGCAUUUGGAGAAGUUAGCUGGACUCACGUGGCCACCUCUGUCCCCGGUGCAUCGCGCUACGUGUACCGCAACGACAGCAUCGCGCCCUUUUCUCCAUUUCAUGUCAAGGUUGGCACUUACAACAGCAAAGGACAGGGUCCCUUCAGCCCCGUGAUCACCAUCUACUCUGCAGAAAUAGAACCAAGCGGGAUGCCAGCGGGAGUUUGGGCCAGAAGUGUCUCAGCCUCUGAGAUUGAGGUGAAUUGGCAGGCUCUUUCCUUCACCCCUGAAAGGGUUCUGGGCUAUGAGGUGGUAUACUGGGAAGAUGACACUAAACCAGAGACCAUGGGAAAGGUUAGGGUGCCUUGGAACCAAACCUUGGUCACAAUGAGCGGCUUGGCAGGAAACACGCAGUAUUUCUUAACAGUCAGCGCGUUCAACACAGCGGGUACUGGCCCCUUCCUUCCUGCAAUCAAUGUUACUACGAAAAAGCCACCACCAGCCCAACCACCACUGAAUGUCGAAUGGACCCUAAUUGGCUCUCAGCUGUCUCUUUACUGGGAACCUGUGGUGGCAAUGGAAUCAGAGUCAGAAGUUACAGGCUACCAACUGUCAUACAGGAGGCAGAGGCACAAAGAGGUUAACACACUCACAACAACCAAUUCUACAGCAGAGCUGACCCUCCUCGAGGAGGAUGAUGACUACUUCAUCCACAUUCAGACGAUGAGUGAAGGAGGGCUGGGCCCGGCCUCAGAUCCCAUACAAAUCCACCAACUAAGUAUGAGUGCCCGCGGCUCGAGAGCCUGGAGUUCGGACAUCUCCUCCCUCUCCCUGCUGCUUGCCAUUGCAAUAUCAACAUUCAGGUUUACGUGACACAAAGACAAACCCUGCUCUGUUUUUCAACCUUAUUAUUGGUAUUUUUUCUUUCUUGAAUUUGUGAAAGUUGCAGAGUUAUUUCUCGCUCUCAUUUUUGGAGGUGACCGCAUCCUAUUUGGCAGUGUUAGAUUGCAGCUAUGAGGAAGCACACGACUGGAGCGUACUUUCAGGCACUUAAUUAACAGUAAAUGCUUGAGCUUUUUUUUUCUUACGUAGGUCUGAAAUUCUUGCCGGUUGGAACAAUGCUUCAUUUCAUCUCUAUUUUUCAACUCCAGAUUGAUACAGAUGCCUUACUUCCAUCCAUGUGCCAAAGUAGUUUGUUGUUGUUGUUGUUAUUGCUCAGAUAGCUACAUGCUUUCCUCAACAUUGUAUUCCUCACAGUUUCUUAUAAUUCAAGGUCUGAGUGAACCUUGAAGAGGGCCGUGAUGAGAAGUAAUAUUUUGUAUUUUUGAAUAUUUUCAGUUUUCCUCUUCACAUCUGUAUUGGUGAGUAGGAACAUGUUCAUUCACCUGUGGCCGUGCCUUUGGAGAUUCUUGUAACGCUGUCACUUACACUAGCCAGUGAUGCUCCAUGUUUCAGAACAUACUGCAGCCGCCUUCAUCUUUACAGUACGUGUUCCAUUAAAAGUUGCACCAGAUGAAACCCAUAAAACAGCUCACAGUGCCAGUGUUAGCCAUUUACCUUUUAUUUAUUUGAUUUUGGAGAAAUGAAUGUGUACCAUGAGGGCUCUUACAGAAUUCAAUGCCUCAGACCAGUUAUUGUGAUAGCCUGCUGAUUGAUGGAUUGGACUUUACUCUACAUUCUUGAAGAAACAACUGCCGGUAUACAGCAGUAGUGGGAGAGUUAUAUGACUGCCGGUGUAUUUCUUUCAACACUAAUGCUGAAACAAUCAGUUAGUCAACAGAAAAUAAUUAACAAAUCAUUUAACUAAUUUAUCAAGGAAAAAAUGCUAGACAUUCCCAACAAGAUGUGCUUUCAAUUGCAAUACAUUUGCCUCCACAGAAUCCAACGGAGGUCAUUAUCCUGCUUUAUACCAUGGCCACAUGAAAAUAAAAAAAUAUCAUUUAGUCAUUCAGUUGCUUAUAUAACAAUAUGUUAUAUAACGUUUCUGUUAUAUAGUAACAAUAAUUAGUUUAAUUAUCACAUCCAUGACACCCCUCGCUGUAACGGCUGGCUUUUCAUAAUUUGGAACAGUUAUAAACACUUUUGCAUUUUGACGUACUGUAAGCAUAUUUCCCAAAAUGUGGAACCAUUCUUUCAUAUUGUUUUGAUUGAUUGCACUCAAAUGAUUUGUUUAUUAUGUAGCUUCUGUACAUGGGGUGCACGCUCUACCAGGUGAGCUACCCAGACACCCCAGUUUAAUACUUUUUGAGCGUGAAAAUGUACUUAC